AAUAAGUGUGAGUGAAGAGGAGUAGCGAGGCGAGGCCGGAGCCAGGAGUGUCGGGACGCGGGACGGGCCGGGGGAGUGCCAGGUGUCGGGGUCACAACACUAUGACGUCCACAGCCAGCCACACACACCUCUCCUGCCCGUGACGUGAAUAAGUCAUCAUGGACGUUAAUGAAGUGAUGAAGAGAGCCAAGCGUGUGUUGGAUGGUUACAUAUCGUAUCGCAAAGCAGUGUUGGUGGUUCUGGUCCUCCUUGUGAUCAUCUUAUACUCGGGGCCUUCACUAUUUAGACUAAUUAUUCGUACGAGACCGUCUUUCAUAAGCGAAGAUUCAGCCACUAGAAGCCUUUCCUUACGUCUAGACCGGUUUUGGCAAGCAUCUCAAGAGAAUGAUGCCCAUGUCCUACACACUCCCGCAUUGCCAGGAGAGCAGCCGUACCUUCCAUAUGUUGGCAACGGUCAUAUUGCUGUCACAAUGGACCAAGAUAGCCCAAUUUACAUUAGAAAUGGAAGAACACUAUCAUUACCCAUCAAUUUCCGCCCUGUCACCCUGGUCUCUCUGGAUGGUAUGACAGUGAAGGAAGCCAUUGUGACAGAAUAUACCACAGGCAUAGUUCACCGCAUACAGUCAUGGGACCAACCAGGCAUUGGGCCCUUGGAUAUAACCUACCAGACCUAUGCACAUCGAUCAAUGCCAUCCCUGCUCUUUCAAGAUAUCAAGGUUUUCAACCCAACUGAUCAGGAUGCAAUUGUGGAUGUAGAACAGAUGGGGCUUGGAGACUGGCCCACAGCAACUACUGAAACUAUAAAAUUACAACAUGGUGAAGGUGAACAUGAAUAUCUGGUAGUGUCAGGAAGUGUGGAGCUGCCAAACUCAAAUGCCAUUCCUGUCUCAAUAGUGUCAUAUAAGGUCCCCUCCAGCUUACAGAUAGAAGCCAAGAAGUCAAUAGCACUACACAUUGUAACAGCAGUCAACUAUUCGGAGCCUGUCCCAAAGAAGGCUUAUGCAACUGCCAAAGAUAUAGCUACACAAGGGGCACUUGCUGCAUUGAGAAGAGCAGUUACUGGAAACAUAAAAAAACUUCGUAAUGACCACUCAAAAGUCUGGAAAGAGCUGUGGUCCUCCGGAUUUGGCAUUAGCCAUUCAAAAGCUGAGAAUGCCUUGAAUGGUGAUCUUAUCAACACCACCCUCUACCAUGUUUUGUCUCAGGCGCCGGCACCAUUGUAUGAGGUACUGACCACUGAAGAUCGGAGAGCCUCUAUUCUGCGUGAUAUAGCAUAUGCCGAAGGUUGUUAUGGUGGUCAUCAAACCCUCCAAGCUGAGCGUCUGUGGUCCCGUCUUGACACUGUGGACGAUGUCAAUACAGUCGUGGGGUAUUGGAUGGUCACUCUAGAAAAGCAGGGUUGUCACCAGCUGGUGCGUGCUGGAGCAAAUGGUAUCAUGCAAGCCAUGCUGCUCAGCUUCGGGGGUAUGCGCUUCAAAAACCAACACCUGGAGUUUAACACUCACCCAAGGGACCUUCACAGAGAUUAUUACUUCAGGAGGCUGAGCUAUGGCAAUGCAACUCAUCUAAAUAUCUCUGUAAUGGUGCAAGAAGAGGACUAUAAAGCCAUCAUCUACACUGCCCUUGACAGAUCUGACAAAAAUUAUUAUGCGUGUGAUGCUGGUUGUCUCGACCCGCCCGUUGAACUCAAACAAGCCAGGCAGGCAUUCCCUGUGAAGCUCACUGAGCCUGUGACUGCCAUCUUGUAUAUUACUUCUGACAAGGUCCACAUGGAAGAACUCAAACACACCAUACACGUCAAAGAAAUAGCAGUAGCCCCCGCCCAUGAGCACCAUGUGAUAGCCAUGCACAAGCACGGCCACAAGUGGGGAGGAUUGCCCACGAUAUUCUGGUUAACUAUUAUUGCGCUUAUUGUGAUAUUCCAUCUCUUCCUCAUCAAGCUGGUCAUUAAUGAAUAUUGUGGAGGAGAUGUCAAAGUCAGAUACAGUGCAUGGAGUAGUGAGGACUGAUACCAUCUCCACAUCCUAAAUUGUUAACACCGGUCACUGCUUGAAAACUCUCUGACUUUUAGCAGGAGUGGAAGAUGAAGAAAAUUUCAGUUGAAGCAAUCACUGUGGAAUUCACUUCAUGUAGUGUGGGAAUCGUUUAUCCAUGGAGUUGAGCUCAGGCACCACAGAGUGGGAUGCUGCGGACCCACAUGGAGGCAUCAACUCUGCCUAACCAAGAAGUCCUUAUUUCUCUGGCACAGCUUGCCGGCUACGGUACUGGGAGCCGUUCUGUUCAAUUGUCAGUCGACACAAUAGUUUUUAUUUGAUUACUAUAAAUUUCUUUUAUACUCACAGUAUGACUGCUACAGGAAUGGUAGCACAUUUUGUUGGUUAUAAAUUGGAAGGAAUAACAAGAGGAUGGUUAUGGGAACAAAUUGAUUUGUUUCAAUAUUUUAUCAAUCUAACAAACUCGCUUCUAAUUUUCUUUUAAUACAACAAAUACCAAUUAUUACCAUAAAAAUUCAGAAGGAAACAUGUUUUAAUGAAAAUAUGCAAGUACAGUAUCAUUGUUGGAUUGAUGACAGGAGAGAGCACCAAGGAUGUUCACACUGCUUGAUGAUUUUGUUGCUUUGUACUUUGUACGAAAAGUUAAUUUGCAAAAUGGGUUUUCCUUUUGUCCUGUCCUGUCUUGCUGUUGAGUUACAUGUGAUUUAUACAUUUAAACCUUCUAGUCAUUUAUUUGUUGGCAUCUGUUGGUUUAACAAUGAAUGUUUAUAGGUCACUUGUUCUAUAGUGUAUAUAAUUUACAUGACAUACUCUGCUCUACCUUACAUAAUUUGUCACUGUUGUACAUCUUAUAUCUAAAGAUAUCUAAUAUCUAACAUCAUAUAUCUCUACAUAUUUUGCCUUUGUGUGGAGUAUGUGAUGGUCCAACACUCACCCUACCCUCUCUUUCCUUGCUUUCCAUCUUGAGUCAAGUUGUAAACAAUAUCUUACAUAAUGUUUUCUCGUCAUACAAUACUUAACACUUACAUUCUUCUUUUUCAUUAUUUGCAUUACUACUGUGAUUCUUACAAAUUUUCAUAAUUUGUUUUUGUGCACAUACUAGUAACCCAUUUAUACCUUUGAAGUUUUGCUCGUUACUCACAGUUGAUUGUUGCGCAAUUCAUAAAUAUCAAAUCUUAUUACAGUAUCUUCAUAUAAUGUACAGUAUGUAGUAAAUAACUUGUUCCUUCAAAAUAUUUGCAAUAUGGUAGAUGACUGUGUCGUGUAAGACUUAGUCCUGCUAGGGUUUCGAUAAUGAUCCCCCAGAUUAGACUUUAUUUUGGGGCCGGAUAAGGGGGUCACCAUCCUGCAGAUUUGCAGCUUAUAUUUGCAGAUAUUAUUUUCAACUUCUUAAAGAUUGAUAUCAACUGUACUAUUAUUUGUUUUGGGUUGUCUUAUUCACCUGUUGAAAAAAACAAUGGUUUUGAUGAUUGUUUUAAUUUUCUUAGACCUUAAAAUUAGAUACAGUACAGGGCUGUAUAGCUCUAAAAAGUGCAACAAUUUGCCUCGGCAAUUGUGCUAAGCGAUCCUAUUUCAAGCAGUGAAUUAUACAAAUAAUUUCUUAAAUGAAUGUAAUGAAAUUUUGUUUAAAGAAGUCUUAUUUAGCCAAGGUGUGUGUGUGUUAUAACUGAAAAUAGGAGCUGUUCCAUCCAUGUUUUUUGCUUUUAUUGUAAAUGCGUGCUGAGUAUUGUAUGGCAUGGGGUAAAAGAUUGUAGUAGGUGCAUGAACCUGUGCGGGAAGACUCGCUACUACCUGCUGUAUUCCUCAUCAAAAUCUAAAAAGUAUUGCUCUAAAGAAUUUUGUGAUAUGCUGAACAUGUUUGGUGCAAAAACCGGUGUAAAUAUCGUCGUUAAUUAUUUAUUGACCAAUUUGUUUUGCAUUAGUUGACAUAUUUGAUGGUGAUGCUUGAUUCUGCCAUGAUGUGAAUGUUUUAGUAAGAUUUCUUUUGGGUGUAAGAGUGUACAAAACUAUUAAUUGAUGAUUAAAGCACUAAUGAAUAAUCUUGUUAAUUGUGUGUGUGUGCAUCAGCAGAGUGACUUGAUAUUGCUUUACUGCAGUGUUUCUCAACCUUCGUACCCUGGACAUAAUUCUGGGUUAUACUUUAGAUAAACAUACGGAUUUCAUUGUCAACUGAAAGGAAAUGAUUUCUCUCUUUUUCUCUUGAUACAGGUUAAAUGAGAAAAAUUAAGCACAAAAAUUACAAAAAUACAUUGGCAUAUGAUUAGAAUUAGCCUAUUUAUCACUUUAGCAGAAUCCCUUGUUAUGUUUGGAGUUUGUAAAACUGUGGGUUGAGAAUUGCUGUUUUACUGAAAUGACAUAUUUUGAUAGAUUUAUAGUCAGAUGAGAAAAUACUUUUCUCUUUCUAGUAAGAGCAUAUACUGGUAGUCAUACAGUGUAAUGAAGUGACUGUAUGGAGAGCUGUGAACAAGUUGCAUUAUCAUGUGGUAAAUACAUGACAUCCUUACAAUAUGCAAGAUGCAAUUUGAUUAAGGAUACGUUUUUGCUAUGUGCAAGUUUUUAAAUAAUGGAACUAAUUAUUUAUGGUAUUUGAUUGUUGGAACAGCAUAUACUGUAAUUUACAUUCCAUUUGUUUUCUAAUAAAAUUUUAAUCUUCCAAGUAAUUUUUAGGAAGUUGUAAAGUUUUAUGAAAUGGUUCCACACUUUCAUGCAUAUUUGUGUGGCAUGCUUUUGGGCAAACAUAUAAAGAAUCACAUUUCCUGUGAGCAAUGGUUAAACAAAACUGGCCCAGGUGUAGGGCACACCACCUGUUUUAUACACAAUUUCACAUAAAAGCACUAUUUCUGUUGCUGAAGAACUCUUGGGUUUAUAUGCAUUUUAUGUAUUAUGAACAAAGAAUUUUAACAUAACUAGAAAAUAUUAAGUGUGCAGCAUUACUAUGUAGUCUCGCCAACUAUUUUAAAUUAAACUUUUUAGGCUGCACGUGAAGUCGCAUAAUGAGAAGGUUUCCUAGACCUUUAUGAUUUAAGUAAAACGAAUUUGUAAAUUGAAUUACAGUAUGUCAAUAAAUAAGGGAAAUGCUUUUAUAGUGUGUUCUCUAUACGAGGCUUUAAAUGUGGUGAAAGACGUAGCCCAAGGGUAAAUGAGCAACAAGUCGCCCUUCCCAAUGAGAGGUAAACGUCUGGAUUUUAGACAGGUUAUGAUUAGUUUCGGUCUGAUUUCAGUACAUUAAUUUAAUAUUUUUAGUGCUGCAUUAUAAGGAUUUUUGAUCAAGUAUAUAAUCUUGAGGUGGUCAAAAGCUUUGAUGUGAGCUUACAUAAUACAUGUUGAAAGGCUCCAAAUUCAGAUAUUGUUCUCUAGGUUUAUCCUUACUGAUGAACAAUUUGUAUUAAUGUUAACUGAAAAUUAAUAGCCAUCAAACAAGUACUGUACUUUGCAUCAAGCCUUACUUGCCAUAAUUACAUUACAGUAUAAUCAAACUUGUUUCAUUGAAUGUCUUGAAAGUGUAAGUAUUGUUUAAUAGAGAGAGUUUAUGAAAGUUGUCAAAUUCUUUUUGACAUAAUUUUAUUUGCAGUUCAGGCACUUUAGAGUCUUACUGAAUUGGAAGAUAGAUGAUUUUCAUAUGAACUUGACAAAAAAUCUAAACAUUCAGAGUAGUUGUUACAGUAUGUCAAUAUUGUUAGUGUCAAUGCUGCAAGUAAGAGAAGUUUUGUACAAAAGUAACAUGGCAUCAGAGAGUAGCAUAAUGCAGAUGACGUAUGGAAUUACCUAUACUGGGCAAGUUGCCAAUUUACCACCAAGCCUACACUUUAAUUAUAAACCAGUAAUACAGUAUAGUAUUUAGUUGUCCAUUAGAUUCUCCGUUUCCUUGAGGGCCUUGAGGAUUGCCAUUUAUAAAAACCCUCCCAAGCAUUUAGCUUUGACUGCCUCCACACCUUAAGGUAUUGGACUACAACAAUGUGAAGUCUUGUUUAAAGAAUUUUCCCUCCGUCAUCUGCACUGGGCUUUUGUCACUUAAAACCAACUGGGCUGUGGUGGGUAUGUGGGCCUGUGGGCCGUUCCAAACUCUCACAAGUCAAGCCUGGCCUUGGGCUGGGCUUGGGGAGUAGAACAACUCCCAGAACCCCUUCAAGCAGGUUACAUUGCAUCCUCUGGGAUACAUAAUUGAUUUAAAACCAGGAUCAACAGAUGGACAUGAUCUGGUCCCAUGUGUGUGUGUGUGGCAGAGCUCAUGCGUCACCUUAUCUUUGCUAUAUCUGUAUUGGGUAGCUGUUACCCAGGAUCGUAUAUACAGCAAGCUACUUCAAAACUAUAUUAACAUUUUUGUGAACACUUAGUAUUACUUGAUCAAUUUUUGUAUUAACCAGUUUUCUUGUGUAUCCCAAAUCUUAGAACCGUCUUAAAAUACCCUCAUUUGUUACAAAACAUUGUAUAAUAGUCAUGUUAUAAUUAUUUCUAAUAAGACACAACUAGAAAAAUGUUCUCCCUCAUCUCCUCAUCUUGCCGAGCAUUAAACAUUCCUGGUAGGAAUGUUGAAAAAGUUUUGUCGUGUUACUGUAUUUAUAUUACCAUCGAGGUUUUCGUUCAGUAUCUCGACACCUCAUUGUAUAAAACUUGAAACUUUAAAUAGUUAUGUAUGAAGUAAAAAUAUAUGGCUGCUAGUGAAUCAAGCAAUGUUGCCCAAUAUUAAAUGGCUUUUAAUAUCUUUGAUAUUUUAACUCGUUGUAUUGCCUUGAAGGUUACUGCUUUUAUGAUGAUAAAACUCCACUUCCUCAUUAUUAGGCAGUGCAGCUCAGUGGUACAGUAUCUUCACUGAUUUUAUUUUUAUUUCUUUGUUCAGAGCAGUACAGCAGUGUAAACUUUUAUCCAGACUAAUGCUUGCUAGAGGAUAGAGGAUGAUAGAAUACAUUACUAAGACAACAAAUUUAUCAUUUUAUUGUGAACACACUUAUUAAUAACUGAAAUUGCCUCUACAAAUUCUUUGCUUAUUUAUCUCACACUUGAGAUAAUAUUUUUCUUAAGUUCACAUGAAUCACAUGAAAGAAUUUUGUUUAAUAUUUUCAGAGGUCGUACAGGUAAGGGGACUUGUAAAACACCAUAGUUUAAGGGUUAAACAUAGAGGAAGAGGAGGCAGCUGCUGGCCGCUACUUUGGCACAUGUUGACCAGACCACACACUAGAAGGUGAAGGGACGACGACGUUUCGGUCCGUCCUGGACCAUUCUCAAGUCGAUCCAAUGGUCCAGGAUGGACCGAAACAUCGUCGUCGUCCCUUCACCUUCUAGUGUGUGGUCUGGUCAACAUACUUUAGCCACGUUAUUGUGACUCAUCGCCUGCACUUUGGCACAUCUUGCCGAAAGUCAUGCACAACAUUUUCAUGUUAUUGAUUCUAGAGUUAAUAAAAUUUGUAUGUCUUCCACUUUUCACAAGCACUUAGCAGUGAUACACAAGUUCCUCCAUGCCAUUUAUGGAUUCUUGCUUUACUAAAUAUUAUGUGCGUCUUGGUUUCACUUUAUUUAGGGUGAGAUUAGUCUUUUUUUUUUUUUCCUAAUCUGUGUUAGGGUUACUGUACUUCUGACACCAUCCUGUCAUAUGAGAAACCACAUUCUUCAUUUCCUGUGCAUUUGGAUACUGUACACGAGACACAUUUGGAUCAAAAAUGCUGAAAAGGAUCCCGGGUUGGGAUUGAAAUGUAACGUCUACGUUUCCUUGUGUUUCCAGAAUAGUGGAUUAUUAUUUUCAUUAAUUAGUGUGCUAUUGCACUUCAUACUCACAUUCAGAUAAUUUCUGGAUUAUGCAGGUAUCUGCUUGGGGUUAAUCCAGACACUGAAGUUUCCAUUCGGGACUUCAUAUAUACUACAGUGGUACUGAAACCUGCAGCAUGUAUUUAGGAUGAUUAUUCUUAGCUCUAUGAUAAUAUUGGACAGUAUAACCUAAUGGAAGCCACUUAUUUUCUUGGUAUAAAACGUAACAAAUUUGUACCAAUCAUGACAGCAUGAGCAAUUCUAAAAUUAUCUUUUAAGUGAGAGAAUGCAUGCCCAUCCACCUAUACCCUCAACCUUUCUGCAUGCUCACCUUUUUUUCCAAAUUACUUAUAAAAUUUUGCCUUCCUUCUGCCACUAAAAUAAGUAUAAAAAUAUUAGGUAAAGUUAUGUAUUGGCCUCACACGAUUAACUCCUAUACACUUAAUACUGUACAAAGAUCUUUAUCUUACUGCCGGACUUGCAUUACUUCACUUAUUGUUGCUCUCCUGUUUGUAGAUUGUUCUUAUUUUCAGAAUGAGCAUAAAUUUUGCACUCCCUCAGUUCCUUUAAGUUAUUCCUCAAUUAUCCUGAUUUCUUUUUCAUUAAAUGUUUUGCAUCUUUCUGCUCUUGUAUUGCCAUCCUGUAUGAUAUCAAAGAACAAUUUAGUAUUCUGUGACAGACGGUGCUAUGUAGCCUUCCAGACUUGGCACACAGUCUUCAUAAUUACUUACCUAUUGAUACUAAUCCAGCACACCCAUCCACACAAGAUCGUCCAAAUCCACCAAUCCUCACACAGCACAGGCCCUCUUCACACCAAUAAACUCGCCAACCUACCCACGUAUCCCGUAAACCCUUACACAUUACCUCGCCCCUCUCUGCCAAUCACAUUACUUUCUAGCAAACUAUUCCACACAAUUGACAUGCUCACAUUCCAACUCGCACGUGUACCCAUACCAUCCAGAGAAAUAGGGGUAAUUUUACUGUACUGUAUUUUAAAUAUUUCAUAUUACAUCAUGAGAUAGUCUGGAUUAUUACCAUUUAACAAUAUUGUAUUAUAAUGCUUGUAUUGUCAAAUAUGCUGGCAUAGACAAAUAACUUCGUUGAUUGGCUGCAAAUUAAAAAUAUUUAGUUUUUAAGUUUAGUGCCUUGAAUCUGAGAAAUUGGCAUGUAGACACAGUACUUAAGUAUUGGUACAUUGUAUUCACCUCCUUAAUUCUCAUUUAGCCCAUUAAAUUAAUGAUUGCAUUGCCUUAAAUAGGAUUCAUGAUCUAUAUGAAAAUUGGGUGUUAGCACAAUGUCUGAAUCAUACACUAUGUAGGAGCACUAUAGCUAAUGGUUAACUAACACAGGAUUGCUUGUGCCUUGUGUUAAUUUAUAAUACUAUAUAUGCCAAGAAGUUUAUAUCUGAAAAUUAUUGGUUAUCUUAAUUUUAUUUGAUGAUUUUUUGUGUCAAGUGUGACAGUAGUAUGUACAGUACAGACUAUUCGAAUUGCUGACAUGCUGGCAAAAAAAUAUCUUGUUUAGGUAGAUGAACGAGUCGUUAAACAAGCAUGAAGGGCUAUUUCAUAUGAGAACUUCAUCAUUCUGCCAGCCCAUCUUCAUAUGUUUUGUGUGCCUUCAUUCCAUUGUACAUUUCAUUUGUAAAUAUGAUUAAAUUGUGAACAUAA